AUGGAUUCAGGAAUCUUUUGCUGUACCGCCAUCUCACAGAAGUACAGCGAGCCAAGCCAACAACGCCUGCUGUUCACAGAGAGCCUCCUGGUCCAAGCCGCCAACCCGUUCAUGGUGACACGGGGUAACACGGUGACGUCCGGAGGUCGUUUUCGCUGUCCCUCGUGUCGCCACGAGGUGGUGCUGGACCGGCACGGCGUGUACGGCCUGCAGCGCAACCUGCUGGUAGAAAACAUCAUCGACAUCUACAAGACAGAGUCCACCAGGCCGGUGAAAAAGGUGGACCACCCGAUGUGUGUGGAGCACGCGGAAGAGAAGAUCAACAUCUUCUGCAUCACCUGCAGCGUGCCCACGUGCUCUCUGUGCAAGGUGUUCGGAGCUCACAAGGACUGCCAAGUGGCCCCCCUGGGGAGCGUUUAUAAAAGCCACAAGAACGACCUCAGCGACUCCAUCUCCAGACUGGUGGCGAGCAAUGACAGGGUGCAGCUGAUGAUCAGCGAGAUGGAGCACAGCUGCAAAGUCAUCGAUGAGAACAGCCGGGUGCAGAAGCAGAUGCUGUGCGAGCAGUUCGACGGCGUAUACGCGGCGCUGGAGGAGAGGAAACAGGAGAUGCUGAUGGUCAUCUCGCAGGAGCAGGAGGACAAGAACCAGCACGUGCGGGACCUCAUCAAGCAGUACAACGAGCACUUGCAGUCCGCCUCCAAGCUGGUGGAGACAGCCUUCCAGGCCAUGGAGGAGCCCGAGGCUGCGGCAUUCCUUCAGAGUGCAAGCGCUCUUCAGAAGAGCGUCGUCGAUGCUACGAAAGGGUCCGAAAUGCCGAAGAUGGAGAUGGGCUACGAGAACAUGAACCACUUCCUCGUCGACCUGGACAACGUCCAGGAGGCUGUGAGCAUUGACUUCGGCAAAGAUGCAGAGGAUGAGGACGAAGAGGAGGAUGAGGAGGGGAGGAGGUUGCAGAGUCUGAGGAAGGUAACUCGGACAGCUCAGAUGCAGACGGGGUUCACAAGUGAUGUCGGCUAA